CAUUGUGAGCAAAGAACGCUUACAUGGGAUAUGACACAUGUCUCUUUUAGAUUAACUACGAUUUUGGGUUCGAAUCCAGCAUUAAAUAUGCAGCAGAGUAAAACUAUUACGCUCCACAAAGUUUGAAGGAUUUCUCCCUAUAGUUACCUGUAGAGGAUAUCCUGUUUACAAAAAAAAAUUGAACCAUUGUGAACGGUCAAAUUUAAUCGUACUCUUAAUUCUCAUACUUGUAGAAAAAGACACGAUAAUGUAACAAUGAGUGGGCCUAAAUAAUCUCUAAACACCUCAAAUUUUAUCAAUAGAGAUUUUUUUUAAGGAUUAAUGAGUAUAUAUAUAUUGAGGAAAAUAAUUAAAUAUUUUGAAAAUGAAAUAAAGAAUAAAAAAUAAAGCGACAAUUAUUUAGUUAACGGAUUUGAGUACCCGACAAAAAAGAUUGUUAUAAGAAGAAAACAAGUAUAUAUAUUUGGAUUUGAAGAAUGUUUCCAACGCAAGGCAAGGAUCAUCACUCCUCUUUCUUCUCCACAUUUUACACCUCACUAAGCCGCCAUGUCUGCUGAAUCUAAACGUAACAAGAAAAAAACCCAAUCUCAAACCGAACCAGAAGGUUCAAUCUCAGAAAAGAACAACAAGAAAACAUCCAGAUGUGGUUUCGAAGAAGACGAAGAACAAGAAGAAGAAGCGUAAGGCUUCCAUGUUAUAGACAAUGACGACGACCAAUGGAGACGAUAAUGAGAAUAGUUUAGAGUUGGAUAAAGAAAAGAAGAAUAAGAAGAAAAAAGCAAAGUCUGAAGAAGAAUUUGUAGUAAUGGAAAACAAGGUGGAGGAUCCCAAUGGGAUUUCUAAAUUUAAGAUAUCGGAGCCGUUGAGAGAAAAGUUGAAGGAAAAGGGAAUUGAGUCAUUGUUUCCUAUUCAGGCUAUGACUUUUGAUAUCAUUCUUCAAGGUUGUGAUUUGGUUGGUAGAGCUCGCACUGGUCAGGGUAAAACUCUUGCCUUUGUAUUGCCCAUAUUAGAAUCUGUAACAAAUGGCAAAGCAAAAGAAACAAACGCCAAAACAAAAGAAACGAAUGGCAAUGCAAGAGAAUCAAGGAAGGGGGGCUAUGGAGGGCCUCCGAAACCAAGUGUUCUUGUGCUUUUACCUACGAGGGAGUUGGCCUGUCAGGUGAAUGCUGAUUUUGAAGUUUAUGGUGGGGCAAUGGGAUUGACUUCUUGUUGUUUAUAUGGAGGAGCUCCAUAUAAAGCUCAAGAAAUCAAGCUUGAGAGAGGUGUCGAUAUUGUCAUUGGCACACCGGGCCGCAUAAAGGAUCAUAUAGUGCGGGGAAGUAUUGACCUGAGCCAACUAAAGUUUCGUGUUCUCGAUGAAGCAGAUGAGAUGCUGAGGAUGGGUUUUGUUGAAGAUGUUGAAUUGAUUCUAGGUAAGGUAAAAAAUGUUGAUCAAGUUCAGACACUUCUAUUCAGUGCUACUUUGCCAGAAUGGGUUAAGAAUAUCGCUAAAAGAUUUCUUAAAGAAGAUAAGCAAACUGCUGACCUUGUUGGAAAUACAAAAAUGAAGGCUAGUACCAGUGUUAGGCAUUAUAUUCUUCCUUGUACUGGUGCUGCUAGGUCCCAGCUUAUCCCAGACAUUAUUCGAUGUUACAGCAGUGAAGGUCGAACAAUUAUAUUCACUGAGACAAAGGAAUCAGCAUCUCAGCUUGCAGAGUUGUUGCCUGGAGCAAGAGCUCUCCAUGGUGACAUACAACAAGCACAACGCGAGGUUACUUUGUCUGGCUUCAGGUAUGGGAAAUUCAUGACAUUAGUUGCCACAAAUGUGGCAGCACGGGGUCUGGAUAUUAACGACGUUCAGUUAAUUAUUCAGUGUGAACCUCCAAGGGAUGUAGAAGCCUAUAUCCAUCGUUCUGGGCGCACAGGAAGAGCAGGUAACACUGGAGUUGCUGUUAUGCUUUAUGAUCCAAGGAGGUCAAAUAUACCUAAAAUAGAGAGAGAGUCAGGUGUUAAAUUUGAACAUAUAUCUGCCCCUCAGGCCAAUGAUAUUGCCAAAGCUGUUGGCCGAGAAGCUGCAGAAAUGAUCAUGCAGGUGUCUGAUAGUGUGAUUCCUGCAUUCAAGUCUGCUGCUGAGGAGCUUUUGAAUAACUCCGGUUUAUCAGUUGUUGAUUUAUUUGCAAAGGCUCUUGCCAAGGCUGUUGGUUAUACUGAGAUCAAGAAAAGAUCUCUUCUCUCUUCAAUGGAGAACUAUGUUACAUUACUUCUCGAGAACGAGAAACCUAUCUUUACCCCAACUUUUGCAUAUAAAAUCUUGAGGAGGUUUUUGCCUGAAGAGAAGGUUGAGGCUGUGAAAGGUCUUACUAUCACUGCAGAUGGAAAUGGUGUUGUUUUUGAUGUAGCAGCUGAAGAUUUAGAUACAUAUCUUGCUGGUAAGGAAAAUGUCUCAGAUGUAAGAUUAGAGGUGUUGAAAGAAUUGCCACGUCUGCAACAGAGAGAUCAAUCAAGAGGUGGUAGAUUUGGUGAUGGUGGUGGUCGUGGUGGGGGUAGUAGGUUUUCAGGUGGUGGCAGGAAUGGUAGAUUUUCAAGUGAUAGAUUUUCCAACGGUGGUGGUAGAGGUCGUGGCGGCAACUGGGGUGGGAACAAAUGGUGAAGCCUACGUUUUGUUCAAUAUGGGAACAUAACUGCAUGAUGCUUCAAUGGAGAUGACUAGUUCAGUAUGAUGAAGCUGACAGGAAUGUUCACUUUGUUCAAUGUGAGAGCUUUAACUACACAAGGCUUGGUCAUGGCUGAACUUCAUUGACUUUGGAGGAUUCAAGUUGAGAUGAGCUGAAUGUGUCCUCAAUUCAUUAACGUAAUUUGUUUUAGGUGUAGCAUUUUUUUAUUUAUUAACACAAGUUUCACAAGUGUCUUUGGCAUUUGUUUGGAAACUCCAACAGCAAAGACAGAGAUACUAUAUGUUUGGUAAGUCUGUUAAAAAUCAAUUUUCGUAUUUUGUCAAA